GUGGAGACUCUUUUGUCCUUGUGCGUGUCCACACAAACGGACAAAGGUUGUGUUGCUGGUUUAGAACACUGAGAAUUAACGAAAGACCACGUCCCUUGUUUUUCUACAGCAACGGGGACGGGGAGCAAUCGUAAGCAUGAGGAACCAUGCAGCUCGCGUGACUGACGAGUUCUCACUUACAUAUGCUGCUCACCCCUCUUUAAGACCUUCAUUUAUCUUUCAUCCUCUUCUUAUUCUGAGCGAAUCCAACUCCUAUCAUGCCCGGGAAUAUGUCCGUCCGGUUCAAAAGUCAGGAGUUCAACUCUGAAAUCAAUCUACCACUCAUGCAAAGUCGAGACAGCAUGGAAAAGUACCAUGAUGACAAUUACGACGCCAGUAGCGAGGGCUCAUCACGCCAAAGCGAGAUUCGAUCACCUCUCCAAACGCAUUGGCUCGUCUACUUGACCCUGAUCAUGAACGGCAUCUUGACCAUCGUGACAUUUUUCCUCUUGAUAUGGAUUUCCGUCAUUCAAAAGAGAAAUUACGAUAUCUUUGAACACGUUCCCCCGUACAAAAGCGAGAUCAUCCAUACACCAGGAAUAGCGCCACCGCUACUGGGACCUGAGUUCCAGAAACAUACCGAAGUCUUCCAUCGGAAUGAGAGCUUCAUGGGAGAGAAGACAAAGGCAUAUCCAGCAUGGCACGAGAUCCUACACCGAGCGAGACACGGCCGUGUGGCAUUCGAAAGUCGACCCGGCGAAUUCUUCGGUAUCGGUGGAUAUCACGAAUUGCAUUGCGUCUGGCUAUUGCAACAAACAAUUGACAAGGCCAUCAAUGGAGUCGUCCCUGAUGAAAUUGAGGCUGACCACUUGUAUCAUUGUGCCGAGUUCUUGCGGCAGUCAGUCAUAUUUGAGGGUAUCCUGGGACCUUUCUCUGCCAACAACACUCACGUGUGUGGGAACUGGUGGGCACUCAUGGAUUGGGCUGAUGCACACAAGUACGCCGGGGUGUACCUCAAUCCGACAUCCAAGUUACCUCCGUGAGGUGGAUUCGGAGAAAUUCAAUCC